AUGACUACUCUUCUUACGCUAUCAAUAAGUUUAGUAAAAACUACUGACAGUGUUUGGAAAUGUUUCGGACCACAUAAUCAUAGUGUUUUUCUUUACAAUUACCGAGGUUGUAUGGAAACUUGUAGUUAUUAUUUUGAUAAUGGCGAAGCAGUUUCUGAUGAAUUUAAUGACAUGAAAGUGAAAAAACACAGCAGAGAAACGGAACUGAAUUCAGAUAUUGAUAAUUUAAAUACGAAACAAUCUUUACUGAAGCAAUCAAAUAUAACAUGUGAACACAAUGAUACUGUAAUCCGCCAAUUGGAUUCGACAAAAUGUAAACUUGAUGCUGGUAAAGUUGCUAUUUCAAGUUACGUCUUUUAUCUGAUAGGUUUUAUUAUGUUAUUUUUAAUAACGGUAAUAAUUGUCCUCGGUGUGCUAUUUUAUCGAACCAAAAUGAACGAGUACAAAGUUUUUCUUUCACCAGUAACACCAAACACUACUUUGAAUGUUGAUGUUGCCCGAAAAUAUAUAAAACAAUCGUCACAAGAAUUGAAUUUAGUGAAUAUUAAUUCGGAGACUAAAACUGAUACAGUUCCGCGUGAUUGCGAAUUAUAUGACGAGUCGGAGACUACAAUGUCUCCUAAGAACCCACUUAAGAUUUAUAGAUCAGUUAAGAAACCCGUCAAUCAUCAAAUGCUUCUUAGAGAACAAAUGAAGAAGAUAUGCGAAGACGCAUUGGCGAAAUCGCAAAACUGUGGCUUGACGGCCAGUUUAAAGGAUUUGAAUCAGUUGCUAUAUGAAUUUGAUAACGAUAAGCAUGAGAAAUCCUACGAGAGUAUAGUACGUGAGAAAUCAGCGUCAUAUCCACAGCUUGAUAUAUAUGAUGAACCUCCAGCCAAGAAACAUCCUAUAGGUGAUAAUGAGGUUGAUAUACCCGUUUAUGAUUGCUUACCUACCUCGAACAGUAUUGUCGUUCAAGAUUACGAGACGAACUAUUUUAUGACUUUAUCAAAAGACAACGGCACAGAGCCUGCUUACAUAAAUGCUAAAUUCAGAUACAAAUAGUUGGAAUAAAAUUAAGUGUGUAUUUAUUAUCGUCAUGAAAGAAAACGAAUGUAUACAA